AUGCGAUCCCUUUCAGCAGCCUUGAAGCUGCGCCCACGUAUUACUGCCAGAGGCCUUCGAGAUCUCAGCAGGUGCGGGUUCGCAGACGUUGCAGAAGGCACUAGACCAUUCGAUGUCGUCGUGGUGGGAGGCGGCCACGCGGGCGCAGAAGCAUGUGCCGCAGCUGCCAGAACCGGCGCGCGGACGGCUCUGGUGACACCAAAGAUCGAGAACCUCGGCACCUGCUCCUGCAACCCUUCAUUCGGCGGCAUCGGCAAAGGAAUCAUACUCCGCGAAAUCGACGCUCUCGAUGGGCUGGCAGGUAGGGUCAUCGACAAGGCCGGCGUGCAGUUCAGGGUCUUGAACCGGACAAAGGGGCCCGCUGUCUGGGGACCCCGAGCGCAGAUUGACCGAAAGCUAUACCAGAAGCACAUGAGAGAAGAGCUAGAAACGUAUCCAAACCUCUCAAUCGUGCUAGGCAGUGUAUCCGACAUCGUCACAAGCGCAAGCCCAGACACGACGAAUUCCGCCCAGAGCAAGAUCACAGGCGUGCGUCUCGAGUCUGGUGAGGUCCUUCCUACACGCGCAGUCAUCAUCACGACGGGCACGUUCCUCAGCGCCGAGAUCCACAUCGGCAUGAAGUCGUACCCAGCUGGACGUAUAGGAGAAGACGCCUCGUACGGGUUGAGCAAGUCGUUGAAUGACAGCGGUUUUCGCCUGGGGAGGCUCAAGACGGGGACGCCGCCGCGUAUCGCCAAGGACAGCAUUGACUUUUCCAAGCUGGAAAGGCAGCCCGGAGACGACCCGCCAAUGCCGUUUAGCUUCCUGAACGAUAGAGUUGCCGUCGAGGAGCAAAUGUCCUGCCACGUCACUUAUACGACUGAGUCGACACAUGAAAUCGUAAGGGCUAACCUGGAUAAGACGAUCCAUAUUCGAGAAACCAUCAGAGGCCCGAGAUACUGCCCUUCAUUAGAAGCCAAAAUUACCCGGUUCUCAGACAAAAACAGACAUAUUGUCUGGCUGGAGCCCGAAGGGUUCGACAGCGACCUUAUAUAUCCCAAUGGCUUGUCCAUGACGGUACCGGAAGAGGCCCAGGAAAAAAUUUUGCGCUCGAUCCCGGGCCUAGAGAAGUGCGUCAUGACACAAGUCGGCUACGGCGUCGAGUACGACUACGUAGACCCUCGGAGCCUCAAGGCGACACUGGAAACGAAGCAGAUCAGCGGUCUGUACCUUGCUGGCCAGAUUAAUGGCACCACGGGCUACGAAGAGGCGGCUGGGCAGGGCGUUGUUGCGGGCAUGAACGCCGGUCGCGCCUCUCUUGGUCUCGAAGCGGCCCCGAUAUCCCGAGCAGACGGCUACAUCGGCAUCAUGAUUGACGACCUCAUUACCAAGGGCGUCACAGAACCGUACAGAAUGUUUACAACACGAAGCGAAUACAGACUGACAUCGAGAGCGGAUAACGCCGACCUCCGACUGACAGAGCAAGGACGAAAUUGGGGCGUCGUGUCGGACAAGCGGUGGACACAUUUCAAUGAGGAGAAGCAGCAGAUGAACGACAUCAUGUCACUCCUCUCAUUGACGAGCAAGAGCACACCCGAAUGGUCCCGGCAAGGUUUUCCCGUAAAAGAAGACACGAGCCGACGCAACGCAAUGGAUAUGCUCCGACUGCGCAACGUGACCAUGGACCAAGUCGCUGCUGCGGUGCCAGGCAUUGGCUCCAUCCCGGAGCGUAUCAAGUCUCGCAUCCACAUCGAGGCGACAUAUGCACCAUUCAUCAAGCGACAGCUCGCCGAGCGCAAGGUCUUCGCCCGGGAUGAAAGUCUGAGACUGCCUGACGCGAUUGACUAUGACCAGGUCCCAGGCCUGGCCAUGGCUGAGAAAACCGUUCUCAAAGCCACCAUGCCCGAGACUCUGGCUCAGGCGAGGCGGUUGGAGGGCAUUACACCAUCCGGGUGCCUCCGGUUGCUGGGCUAUGUGCAACGCCAGCAGAAGAGCAUUGCCCUGGCCAACGUGGAGAAGACGUGGCGGGAAAAGCAAGGCCGGGAGAACGACAUGGGACAAUGA